AUGGGGAUAUUACAUGAAGAUGUUGUGUUGAUAAAUCAGGCUGAGAAGGCUGGUGAACCAACUGUGAUUACCGUGAAUUGCCCGGAUAAAACUGGGCUGGGGUGUGAUUUGUGCAGGGUUAUUCUCUUCUUUGGUCUCAGCAUUUCCAGAGGAGAUUUUCAGACGGAUGGGAAAUGGUGCUAUUUAGUGUUUUGGGUGGUGGGGAAGCCCAACACAAGGUGGAAUUUGUUGAAGAAGAGACUGUUGGAGGUGUGCCCUUCUUACUUCUCCACAUCAGGCAUCUACUACUAUCGGCCAGAAAAUCAGCAGCCUACCCCGCCAAAUGUUUUCCUCUUGAAGUUCUGGUGUUCUUGCGAUCGAAAGGGCCUUUUGCAUGAUGUUACCAAGGUUCUUUGCGACCUGGAGCUGACCAUUAAACGAGUGAAGGUAUCCACAGCCCCCGAUGGAAGAGUUAUGGACCUCUUUUUUGUCACUGAUGCUAGGGAACUUCUUCAUACCAAAAAGAGACAGGAGGAGACAUUCUGUCGUCUGAAAGAUGUAUUAGGCGAUGCACUGAUGAGUUGUGAGAUUGAGAUGGCUGGAGCAGAAAUUAUUACAGCAUGUUCACAAGUGUCUUCAUUUCUUCCUUCUGCAAUCACGGAGGACAUGUUCAACUUAGAGCUCCCUGAUAGCAGACAGCGGAGUGGUUUUUUUGCUUCCACUCCUGUAUCUGUUACAGUGGACAACACUCUCAGUCCCUCUCACACCCUUGUUCAGAUAUUCUGCAAGGAUCACAAAGGCCUCAUUUACGACAUUAUGAGAACCCUUAAGGACUAUAAUAUACAGAUUUCAUAUGGAAGAUUCUUUGCAAAUCCAAGAGGGAACUGUGAGGUCGACGUGUUCAUAAUGCAAGCGGAUGGGAAAAAGGUGGUUGACCCAAACAAACAGACGGCACUGUGCUCCCGUUUGAGAAUGGAGCUUCUGAACCCUCUUCGAGUAGCGGUGGUCAGUACUGGUCCUGACACAGAGCUUCUUGUGGCAAACCCUGUUGAACUCUCCGGCAGGGGAAGGCCUCUUGUCUUUCACGAUAUCACCUUGGCUCUCAAGAUGCUCAGUGCUUGCGCAUUCUCGGUGAAGAUCGGAAGGUACAUGAUUCAUGAUAGGGAGUGGGAAGUGUACAGAGUGCUGCUUGACGAAAGAGAGGAACGCCCAACUGUGCCAAGGAUGAAGAUCGAGGAAGGUGUGAAGAAAGUAUUGAUGGGUUGGGAAUAA